AUGUUCAUGCGGCCAAUACUAUCACCACAGCUGCUUCGGCAAGCCGCCCGCCCAGCGGCGUCGUCCCUGGCGUCGCGAGCCUCGAGACCGGCCGCCCCGGCCUUCCUGCGAUCGCCCAUGCUGUCGCUCGCACAACAACGCCUCCUGUCCGAUUCCACAAGACAAGCAAUCGACAAGGCCGUCGCCUCGGCCCCGGUGGUACUGUUCAUGAAGGGCACGCCUGAGACGCCUCAAUGCGGCUUCUCGAGGGCCAGCAUCCAGAUCCUGGGGCUGCAGGGCGUCGACCCUAACAAGUUCGCCGCGUUCAACGUUCUGGAGGAUUCCGAGCUGCGCGCAGGCAUCAAGGAGUACUCGGACUGGCCCACUAUUCCCCAGCUAUACGUCGACAAGGAGUUCGUCGGCGGCUGCGACAUCCUGAUCUCGAUGCACCAGAACGGCGAGCUUGCGAAACUUCUCGAGGAGAAGACGGUCCUAGCAGCCCCCGAGGCCACCGAGGGCGAGGAGAAAAAGGAGUAG